AUGAAGGGGAAGAAGUUGGCGCUGGGCCUGGCGAAUCUCAUUGGCCCGCAUAGAGCUGAUGAUCGUAUGCCCGUCGCGAACACGAAAGAGAGCCCGCCGCCCUCGCCGUAUCCUGGACAUCGCGCUCCUCUGUCAACAAAGGUCGAAUCCGAUCUGCGUCUAGCCUGUGCCGGAGUUCUACUCAACACCAAACCAUCACAUCACUAUGUCGCUCCCGACGCCCAAUCCACCGCGCCGCAAGAAGCCAAACAAGCACUCGACUACGAUGCCAUCAAGAGAUCCGCAUCCACUCUCGAGGCACAAGCCUCACGUCCCUUCCCACCGCGUACCGACUCGGCCGACGAUAAACACCCUCUGAAAUACGCCUAUCGUCCAGACGCUCCCAUCGAUCAGCUCUUCGACAAGUCAGAUCCUGCCCUUGAUCCCGUGCAAUCCCUCCUCGGCAAAUCCAAACAUGACACGCCAAUGGGCAGUCGUGCAAAGACUCCGGUCCCCAAUCUUCUCUCUCCCAGCAGUGAUGCUGGUACGCGUCCUCACGUUGCCAAACGCUCACUCUCUGGCGAGACCAAUGGCUCCACUCCCAUCACAGACGUAACAGAGUAUCACUGGAGUACCUCUACAGCCCCUACCUCGGCCGCCAUCACACCUGCAGGCACUUCAAAGCGAGACUCCUCGCAUAUACCUGUUGAACAAGAGCAGGCCAUCAAAAGCGAUACUUCUGCCAUCGAGUGGAUGCGCAACGAACUCGAGCGUCGCCGUCAGAAACAAGCUGCUGAAGAAGAACAGGCAGCACUUCCGCCAUUGUCUCGUGCUCCUAGCAGGGCACGAAGCAUUCGAAGCCUUCGCGACAACAUUAAAGAGUAUAUCCGCCCAAGCAGUUCCGGAGGUCCCAACAAUAGCCGAGCACCUAGCAGGUCUACUUCACGCUCAUCACUACGAUCCGAUUCAAAGUCCCAAGAUCCAGAGAUCCGUGGCGGCUGGAGAAGCUGGGGGAAGACUUUGAAGAAAGAACACGCACAAACCGACCUCAGCAGGUCAAACUCGAGCAGAGGAAGAGCAGAGAGCCCAAAACAGCCAAAAUCGAAAAAGACCGAGAUCAAUCUAAACCGCGAGCUGCCUCCACUUCCAAGUCUUGAUCAGUGGAAGGAUGAGCAACCCGCACCUCCGACGCGAGCUCCCCCUCAGGCUCCUCCCCUUACACAUCAUCCUGUGCAUUCUAAGCACAGUAGAAACACCAAAUCAGUCGACAGUGUAAUGAGCGAAAAGGACGAGAUCGUCGCAGCUCGCUUGGGUUCGCCGGUCAAAGAGAAGACAGAGGUUUACGUUCCCACUCGCUCGCCUCGUCACACAGCAGCCACUAAGAUGCCAAAUCUUGGAGCCGCCUAUACCAAUGACGAUCUUCUUCCACGCAGCAAGUCUGCAGCUCGCUCCCGGACUCCGGAGCCAACAUCAAUGAGCAUAAGAGCCAUUCCUUCCCAUCACGGCGGUGACUCGACAAGUUCACGUGUGCGAUCACCAGGCAAUCCAGCAUUUUCCUCCCCAUCCACCGGAUUCUCACAACACCGCAACUACGACAGCUCGAGCAUACCCACCCCACUCGGCAGUAUCAGCAGUAGUUCACUCAACAAGAAACCAUCGGAGAAACCAGCGACCUCGAGUAAGCACGAUCACAAACACCGCAAUGCGAAGGACCGCGUCAUAGUCCGCUCUCCACCACCGGUACCGCCAAAAGAAGGUGGUGAUAAAAAGGCAUGGUGGAAUCUCAAAGCCAAAAGCAAGAAGCCCGCCACUUGGAUGGAUCAGCUCGAGAAGAUGGGUGGAGUCAAAGAUGGCAUUCUGAUUCCUGACGAGGAUGCUUGCAGCGCACCUCACAUUCGCUACUAA